AUGGCUGAAACCACUCCCGAGGUCUCAAGCAGCAGAGUUACCGACGAGACAUUUAUGAUGGAGUGUUUCAGACACAUCCAAAACCCCGUUGUUGUCGAUGUCAGUGGGGUCGCAAAGGCCUUGAACUACACCAACCCGGUGUCUGUUUCCAACCGUCUUUCUCGGUUGAAGAAAAAGUUCAACCUUCGCGUCAGCUCCACCACCGGUCCCGUUCCGGUCGGCGACGAAGCCGACAUCUCCGCCGCAGUUGCGGGCGCGACCCCAAAGAGCACUCCCCGUAAAGGCGCCCGCGUUGCUAAGGGUCCGAUAAAGGCCAAAGCUCCAACCGAUGGUGAGGAACCCAACGACGGCAGUCCCGUAAAGCCAGCCAGAAAGGCGGGUGGCGGCCGUAAACGCAAGACCGCUGCGACUCCAGCUCCUGUCGAAGAGCAAACUGAGAAUGGUGAAGCCACCGAGAAUGGCGCGUCCCACAUCAAAGACGAAGGUGCUAUCGUUAAACCAGAGGCCAGCGAUGCCUAG